CGCAGAGGUGUGACUAGUAGAUCUGCUACUAAUAUUCGUGUGAGUGCGCGGCUGUUAAAGCUUUCCCCGGGAAACUGGACGUUUGUUUUUUAUUAGCCCCGAGUUUAGCGCUCCAGCAACAAUGGCAAAGGUACAAGUGUUGAAUGUGGCCGUCUUGGACAACCCGAGUCCUUUUGGAAACCCUUUUCAGUUUGAAAUCACGUUUGAGUGUAUGGAAGACCUCCCUGAAGACCUAGAAUGGAAGAUCAUCUAUGUUGGUUCAGCAGAGAGUGAGGAGUAUGACCAAAUCUUGGACUCUGUUUUGGUUGGUCCUGUACCUGCUGGGAGACACAUGUUUGUUUUUCAGGCUGAUGCCCCAAACACUGGUUUGAUUCCUGAAAGUGAUGCUGUUGGCGUAACCGUAGUUCUAAUUACAUGCACUUAUCGUGGCCAAGAGUUUAUACGCAUCGGUUACUACGUGAACAACGAAUACACAGACCCAGAGCUUCGUGAAAAUCCUCCAAUCAAGCCGGACUACACACAGCUUCAGAGAAAUAUUCUAGCAUCAAACCCACGUGUUACAAGAUUCCACAUAAACUGGGAAGGCUGCGCAGAGAGAAUGGAAGACUCUGAAAACGUGGAUCCUUCAUCAAACUCUAUGCUGCCCCCGUCCUGUCUGCCAGGCAAGGCCCCACCUGUGGGCAUACCACCAGAUAACUCUAUGGAUUGCUUAUAGAGAUACCCAAAAGGUGAUGGUUGACAGCAAAUUACCUUCUUUUUAAAGGAUGCCUAUGGACAUUCUAGUGUGGGUAAAAUUAUUUACAGAUCUCUCAGCCUUACUACUUCUACAGCAGCUAUAAAACAAUACAACUAAACAAAAUUUAACUGUAUGCUGCUCUCUGAGUUGCCCACAUUUUUUGGUUGCGGAGUGGAUUUAUAAUUGUUUUUGACAUUACAGCACUGAAGUAUUAGACAUAAACAGCAAUAUGUAUUAAGGAGUUUGAUAAUCUAAUAUUUGUUAAAUUGCACUUAAACUUGUCCUAGUUAUUUUUUUUUUUUUGUCCUGAUUGCUGUUUUGUUACAAAUAAAGAAACAUUGUUAUA